AUGGCUCCCAGAAUCGCCAUCGUCUACUACUCGAUGUACGGCCACAUCAAGCAGCUGGCCGAAGCCGAGAAGCAGGGCAUUGAGAAGGCUGGAGGCACCGCCGAUCUUUACCAAAUUGAAGAGACCCUGCCUCAAGAGGUGCUCACCAAGAUGGGCGCUCCCCCUAAGGCUGCCGACGUCCCCGUCCUCUCCGACCCGGCUAUCCUGAAGGACUACGAUGCCUUCCUCCUCGGCAUCCCGACUCGUUACGGCAACUUCCCUGCUCAGUGGAAGACCUUCUGGGACCGCACCGGCGGCCAGUGGGCCACCGGCGCCUUCUGGGGCAAGAUGGCAGGCCUCUUCAUCUCCACAGGCACCAUGGGCGGCGGCCAGGAAUCCACCGCCAUCGCCGCCAUGUCGACCCUCACCCACCACGGCAUCAUCUACGUCCCCUUCGGCUACGCCAAGGCCUUCGCCCAAAUGUCCGACAUGAGCGAGGUCCGCGGCGGCUCCGCCUGGGGCGCCGGCACCUUUGCCGGCGCCGACGGCUCCCGCCAGCCCAGCGCCCUCGAGCUCGAGAUCGCCACCAUCCAGGGCGAGACCUUCUACCAGACCGUCGCCAAGUACACCGGCUCCGGCUGA